ACCGCGUCGCAGAUGGUUGCGUGCCACAGACAAUAAAAAAUCUGUUUUAAAAAGUUUCACUGAACAAAAAAGUUUUAAAACGAUUUAUGAUAUUCGCGGAAAUACAAGACGAUUUGUAGUUUAUGAAUUCAGUUUUUUUGUGUAAUGUUCUGUGAUCGUUUGUAGUUGUCACGAAUUUUUCUUAUUACAUAAAUACGAGCCCAGUGUCUAUUUUACUAUAAUCUAAUAAUAUGGUGGAGGCUGAAUGGAUUUGGUGCUUGCGUCGUAGAGUUGUGACGACGGCUGGCUGACAUAAUUGACGGUUGACAAGAUGGCGACUUCCGGUGACGUCACUAUAGCGCAGGAUGGCGGUCAGGGGAAUGUCAAAGCGCAUCCGUACUUGGUGGCUUUAGUACGAUGGUGUGUAUCGUGCCUAUGGAGUACUGCCACGUUGCUGAUACACAGGCUGUUGGCUGGACACGCCUUGAGACCUUCCAUUGCAGCGAGCAAGCCGGCGAAGCAACGGGUGGCCGGUACAGAACACCUCCAUCCGAUCCCGAAGGUGGAAUGCCAGGUGUUACACGCGCCCACCCAUCACAGCAUCGACGUCAUAUUCGUGCAUGGACUGUGUGGAUCCCUCGGCAACACCUGGAGACAGGGUGACUGGCGAGAGAAGUACGAACUCGAACCCAGCAGGGUUCCCCUUCUCAGACCUUCGCCCUGCCAGUGCAUAGACAAACGAACCCAGAAGAACUUCGAAAACGACUUCAAAAACAUCGACGACUUGUACAAAUUCAAGAAAAUCAUAUCCAACGAUGAAGCGUUUACCACAGAGAAGUUUUUUAACGAAACUCUAGAUCAAGUUGAGAUAUUGGAUAACUUCGAAACUCAAGCGCAGUUCGUUCGUGAUUUGUUCGAAAAUGAGAAUAGAGAAGAGAAGUGUGAAGAAGUGAAGCCUGAAGAAGUGGAUUGUGUGUGUAAAGUGACUGAGGGUAGGCAGUGUGAAGUGGGCUGUGGGUGUGUGUGUGAUGAGUGCUACUCCACUUGCUGGCCAAGAGACUGGAUUAAGGAAGACUAUCCUGAAGCUAGGGUCAUAUCUAUAAACUAUACUAGUGACCCGUACUUGUGGAGGCCGCUGUGGAUCAAGCAAUGCAAAAGGCUGCGGCUACACGAGAGAGCGGAUCAGAUGACGAAGCAGCUUCUAGAAUUAGGCGUGGGAGAGAGACCGAUCAUUUGGGUCGGCCAUUCGAAAGGGGGACUGUUUAUUAAACAGAUAUAUUGCGAAGCUUACGAAGCCCAUUUGCAGAGUCAAAAAGACAAUAUUUCUAAUACCCUCACAAAAGCAAACGAAGACAAAAAUUCAUCAUUUAAAGAUGAAAACGAAACUAAUAAUGCUAACGACAUUGAAAAUAAUAACGACAAUGUUAUUAAUGAAAGAAACGAAAAGACAAUGAACGAGUUAAAUUGUAAUAUUAAUGAAGUUAAUAAUAUUGGAUAUGAAAACGAUAAUGUGUUAAUAGAAGAUAGUGAAAAAGAAAAUGUAACAGAAGAUGAAAAUAAAGAAGAAUGUAAUGAAUCCAAUGCAGAAAGUCAAAUUGUGAAGUUGGAAAGAGAAAUUAGUGAAAAAGAUUCGUCUUCAAACAGUCAAGAAGACUCCAGGUCGCAGCAAGCUAGCCUCUGGCUGAACAGUGCCGGAUUCAUGUUCUAUUCAGUGCCGCAUCGAGGGUCCCCGCUGGCGGACAUCAAGACACCCAUCACGGCUAGAAGCAUUGAGAUCUUGGAGAUCAGUAAAGAUUGCUCCCUCGUCCUGUCCCUGCAGGACCGGUGGUUGAAGGCGACGGACCCGUCCCGGCCGCCGGUUCGGAGCCUGGUGGAGACAUGCAAGACUCUUAUGUCGGUGCUUUGGUUGAGGAUCGUGAGCGUGCCUUCUGCUGACGCAGGCAUAGGCUCCCUAUACGGCGUUCCAGUUGACCACAGAGAGAUAUGCAAGCCGACCAGUCGCCACUGUAUGCUGUACAAAGAACUAAUGACCCUCAUGCAUGCGGCGCUCAAGAAAUGCAGAUGCGAGAGCGAGANCAUCACAGUUGGGAGGCUGCGGCUGCACGAGAGAGCGGAUCAGAUGACGAAGCAGCUUCUAGAAUUAGGCGUGGGAGAGAGACCGAUCAUUUGGGUCGGCCAUUCGAAAGGGGGACUGUUUAUUAAACAGAUAUAUUGCGAAGCCUACGAAGCCCAUUUGCAGAGUCAAAAAGACAAUAUUUCUAAUACCCUCACAAAAGCAAACGAAGACAAAAAUUCAUCAUUUACAGAUGAAAACGAAACUAAUAAUGCUAACGACAUUGAAAAUAAUAACGACAAUGUAAUUAAUGAAAGAAACGAGAAGGCAAUGAACGAGUUAAAUUGUAAUAUCAAUGAAGUUAAUAAUAUUGGAUAUGAAAACGAGAAUGUGUUAAUAGAAGAUAGUGAAAAAGAUAAUGUAUCAGAAGAUGAAAAUCAAGAAGAAUGUAAUGAAUCCAAUGCAGAAAGUCAAAUUGUGAAGUUGGAAAGAGAAAUUAGUGAAAAAGAUUCGUCUUCAAACAGUCAAGAAGACUUCAGAUCGCAGCAAGCCAGUCUCUGGCUCAACAGUGCCGGCUUCAUGUUCUAUUCGGUGCCGCAUCGAGGGUCCCCGCUGGCGGACAUCAAGACACCCAUCACGGCUAGAAGCAUUGAGAUUUUGGAGAUCAGCAAAGAUUGCUCCCUCGUCCUGUCCCUGCAGGACCGGUGGUUGAAGGCGACGGACCCGUCCCGGCCGCCGGUUCGAAGCUUGGUGGAGACAUGCAAGACUCUCAUGUCGGUGCUUUGGUUGAGGAUUGUCAGCGUACCUUCUGCUGACGCAGGCAUAGGCUCUCUGUACGGCGUUCCAGUUGACCACAGAGAGAUAUGCAAGCCGACCAGUCGCCAUUGUAUGCUGUACAAAGAACUGAUGACUCUUAUGCAUGCGGCGCUGAAGAAAUGCAGAUGCGAGAGCGAGACAGAAGAUUCUUCAUCAUCAUCGGAUCAGCCACAGGACGUCUGCUGAAUAGUCUCACUGAGUCCAACCGGCCAAUAUGGGAGAUUUUUAAGUUUAUAGCACACUUAUCAACCUGUACGGCUAGCAUGAAAAACUUUCGAGUUCGAAUCGUAGCGUAUUCGAAUCGCCAUCAAAAGAUUAAGUACGAA